AUGUACCGCAACAUUUUAGUCCGUCACACAGAUAGGGAUUUUCAGCGUAUAGUAUGGCGCACUUCUCCUGACGAACCUAUACGUGACUAUCGCCUUCGUACUGUAACUUUCGGAGUUAGUUACUCGCCUUACCUCGCACUUCGUAUAAUGCGACAGCUUGCGCUUGAUGAAGCCACUCGUUUUCCACGUGCUUCUCGAGUCAUAAAAGGUGACAUAUUCGUAGAUGAUAUAGUGUCAGACGACAAUACGGAGGCAGAAGCUCUUGCUAUACAACAGGAGUUAAUAAGCAUAUCUCAGGCUACCGGCUUCACUCUUCACAAGUGGCACAGUAACUCGCCUGCGUUACUCGAUGCGGUUCAGCCCACAAGUUCUCAUAGUGAGCGGCACCAUAACGUACCUUUUGCCGAGAUGGAAAAUGACAUGAAAACUAAAGUCUUUGGUCUUCAGUGA